GCGCAAAAAGAAGAUAAAUCUAAUCUAUCCAUGAAAAUGAAGCUACAAUUUAAGAAAACGAAUACGCCACAAAAAUUAAACCUUUAAUUUUAAAAUUUCCUUUAUUAGCAACCACUUAAAACUCACCCACAUUAUCCCUCCACAUUUCACACCAGUCUGCCACUCUUAGCUCCAAGGAGAGAGAAUAUGGCGAUGGCAAUGGCGCUUCGCAAGCUCUCCAAUUCCGCCAACAAACCUGUUCGAAGCGUCUUUAAUGGCGCUCCUCUCUACUUCAUGUCAUCUGAAGCAGCAAUUGAGAAGGAGAAGCAAGUUUCUGUGACGUGGCCGAAGCAAUUGAAUGCGCCCCUUGAGGUUGUUGAUCCUGAGAUUGCUGACAUCAUUGAGCACGAAAAGGCCAGGCAAUGGAAGGGUCUAGAACUUAUCCCAUCAGAGAAUUUCACUUCAGUCUCUGUUAUGCAAGCUGUUGGGUCAGUCAUGACCAAUAAGUACAGUGAAGGAUACCCAGGAGCAAGAUAUUAUGGUGGAAAUGAAUUCAUCGAUAUGGCUGAAACUUUGUGUCAAAAGCGUGCAUUGGAAGCAUUCCGAUUGGACCCUGAAAAAUGGGGAGUGAAUGUCCAACCUCUUUCUGGAUCACCGGCUAACUUCCAUGUUUACACUGCUCUUUUGAAGCCUCAUGAUAGAAUCAUGGCUCUUGAUCUUCCACAUGGUGGACAUCUUUCACAUGGAUACCAGACAGACACCAAGAAGAUAUCGGCUGUGUCUAUAUUUUUUGAGACAAUGCCAUACAGAUUAGACGAAAGCACUGGUUAUAUUGAUUAUGAUCAGAUGGAGAAAAGCGCCACACUAUUCAGACCCAAAUUGAUUGUUGCUGGAGCUAGUGCUUAUGCACGACUCUAUGAUUAUGAACGUAUCCGCAAGGUAUGUGACAAGCAGAAAGCAAUCAUGCUGGCAGAUAUGGCACACAUCAGUGGAUUGGUAGCAGCUGGUGUGGUACCAUCACCGUUUGAUUAUGCUGAUGUUGUGACUACAACAACCCACAAAUCCCUUCGUGGACCUCGUGGAGCAAUGAUUUUCUUCAGAAAGGGUGUAAAGGAGAUUAAUAAACAAGGGAAGGAGGUACUGUAUGACUACGAGGACAAAAUCAAUCAGGCUGUCUUUCCUGGUCUCCAGGGUGGUCCUCACAAUCAUACAAUAACUGCCUUAGCAGUCGCUUUGAAACAGGCUAUGACUCCUGAAUACAGAGCAUACCAAGAACAAGUUCUUGCCAAUUGCUCAAAGUUUGCAGAGGCUUUGGCUGGGAUGGGCUAUGAACUUGUUUCUGGUGGAACAGACAAUCAUUUAGUUUUGGUGAACCUGAAGAACAAGGGUAUUGAUGGCUCCAGAGUAGAGAAGGUUAUGGAAGCUGUGCACAUUGCAGCCAACAAAAACACUGUGCCUGGGGAUGUUUCUGCUAUGGUUCCUGGUGGCAUUAGGAUGGGAACACCUGCCCUAACAUCCCGGGGUUUUGUUGAACAAGAUUUUGUUAAGGUGGCUGAGUAUUUUGAUGGUGCUGUCAAGCUGGCUCUAAAAAUCAAGGCGGAUACUAAAGGAACAAAGUUGAAGGACUUCGUUGCCACCCUGCAGUCAGGUACUUUUGAUUCAGAGAUAGCAAAGCUAAGACAUGAGGUUGAGGAGUACGCAAAACAAUUUCCGACAAUUGGAUUUGAAAAGGAAACCAUGAAGUACAAGAAUUAAACAAGCUUUUCUACAAGUUGCAAGCACAGGUCACUUUGAACUCCAAAGAAGCUGAUGGAACCAGACUGGGAUGACCAUUAUAUGGAUAUACAUGUAUAAUCUUGAAGCCGAGGGCAAAGUCAAUGUAACACAUGUUUAUUGAACUCCAUUAGCUGUAUAUUAUGUAAUUCCGUCUCUACUUUGAUGUAUAAAUACAUAUUCAAGGAACAUUAACUCAAUAAAUUUGGUGUUCAGGGUUGGUAUCAAGCAAAUUAUGCUUCAACCACAAACAAUGAGAUCUUGUCAACUUUAGGCGCA